UGGAAGACCUGUACGAAACGAACACAACUAGUUGGGUCAUGGAGGAAGUUCAGCCACGUUCAUCUCAAAUCUCUCCUUUGACAUUAUUGAAUAAAACUAGUAAACCUCGUUGUGAAACGUACACAAAACAUCUGCCGAAAAAUAAUAACAUAACAAACCAAAAAAAAAAUAAUGAAACACAGUGUUGCAGAUCUUGACAUUAAACCCUAGAAAAACCUUUCUUCUAAAGAUGUUGGGAGAAUCGUAACAGUCGCCAUAUAUCCCAAUUCUGCCAAAUUUAAAAGAAUAGUCGCCUAAAUACGACGAGAAAAUGACAACUGAGUAAUCCAAUCGUAAUAUAUUUUUAAAGAGUUAAAAACGAUGAUUUAUGACUGGGCUUAUGGAUCGGAAGCAGAGCGCAUCAGACUGUUCAGUGCAAAAUAUUAUGCUGCCUGUGCUGGCGGAGGGAUGGUCAGUGCGGGCGCUACACAUCUUCUCAUUACGCCUUUAGACAUGCUGAAAGUUAAUAUGCAGGUUGAUCCUGCUAAGUAUAGGAACAUUUGGUCAGGGUUUGGUGUUAUAGUAAGGGAACAAGGUCCAGCAGGCCUAUGGAAGGGCUGGGCAGGGAAGCUUUUUGGUUAUGGUGUCCAAGGUGGCUGCAGGUUUGGGUUGUACGAGUACUUCAAAAAGUUUUACUCUGAUGUUGCUGGGAAAAGUAAUUUGAAGCAUCACAAAACUAGUAUCUACAUAGCAGGCAGUGCUUCUGCACAAAUAAUCGCUGACCUUACCCUUUGUCCUUUCGAAGCUGUAAAAGUAAAGGUUCAGACACAGCCCAGAUUUGCUAAGGGCUUGGUAGAUGGAUUUCCAAGGCUCUACUCAACUGAAGGCUUGUCAGGGUUUUACAAAGGAAUUGUACCUCUGUGGUGUCGAAAUCUUCCAUUUGCAAUGAUCAUGUUCUCCACAUUUGAGCACACAGCAGGCUUUUUAUACCAAAAUGUUCUGCAGAAGCAAAAGGUUGAAUGUUCCAUAAUUCAGCAACUUGGAAUAACAUGUGCAGCAGGGUACAUGGCCGGAACUGCUGGAACCAUUGUUUCAACUCCUGCAGACAAUAUUGUUGCAUGCAUGUAUAACAAGCAGGCUGAUACGGUUUUGGAGGUUUUUGCCUUUCAUUUAAGAGCCAUAAAAAAGAUUGGAAUCAUAAACUUGUUCACCAGAAGCCUCCCAAUCAGGAUUGCCCUUGUUGGUCCUGUUAUCACAACUCAAUGGUUUAUCUAUGAUACAAUAAAAGUUAUAAAUGGAGUGCCUACGAGUGGAGGCAUUGACUAUUUCACUGAAUGAACUGGAACCAACGAUACCGCUCAAGAAUGGAAAUGUUCCAGUUGCACAGUUGCUGUAAUGGGAAUAUAUCCAAUAAUGUACAUAACCAAAUUGUUUAUGUAUGCAGUGUUACUAAUCUGAAUCAGAUUUUUUUGCGGCAGGGCAAUGAACUUGUACAUGUACCAUAUCGGUUCUCCACUAUAAGAUUCAUUGCUUUUGUUCUCAUGAAAUCUGACUGGAGGAUAUCCUACAUAACAAUGGAGGUUAAGCAUUUUUGCUGGGAUCGUGAUUAACUUUUGUGUAGCUUCAUAGGUUUUUGGAUUCAUCGAAGGUCACAUCCACCAAGUUGCAUUAACAUGGAGAUCCCUUUUAAGCAUGGGGCAUGUUUGUCAAACUAGCCUUACCACUUGAUCACAUUCCGGUGGACGUCUACAUGUUCCAAUCCAACGAAUAUUUGUUUUACUGUAUUGAAUCAUUUUUCUAUGCUCUAUUGUGAGCGACUAUUUCUAUGUAUGUUUCCAGAAUUGUAACAGCCUCAUGGAUGUCUUUGACUUUUUUUGCUGUCAAAAUCAUCUGGGCAAUCCAAUGAAUAUUCGGCCUAUUUGAUGCAGCGAUCCAGCUUUGAUCUAGAUGGUUAGUUCGAGUGGCAAUUUCACCUUUUUUUAUAAGUUCUCUUAAAAGAAUGUUAAUUUA